AUGGCCACCCCAAUUCGACCCUCCACCCCCACCCGCACCACCACCCUUCUCACCAACCUCGCAACCGUAACAGCCCGCAUCAACACCGCAACCACCUCGUCUCCAAAAUCCACCCCGCCCCGCCUCGUCGCCGUCUCCAAACUCAAACCCGCCAGCGACAUCCUCACCCUCCACACCAACCCACCCGCUCACCAAACCCACUUCGGCGAAAACUACCUCCAAGAACUUCAAGAGAAAGCCCGUCUCCUCCCCACUACCAUCAAAUGGCACUUCAUCGGCGGCCUCCAGAGCAACAAAUGCGUGACUCUUGCGCGGGAUACCCCCGCGCUCUGGGCCGUCGAGAGCGUAGAUAGUACCAAGAAGGCGUCGUUGCUGGAUAAAGGGUGGGGGGAGAGGAGUGCUGAGGUAAAGGAGACGAAUCAUGAGGAGAGGUUGAGGGUGUUCGUGCAGGUGAAUACCUCGGGGGAGGAGAAUAAGAGUGGGGUGGAGCCGGGCGAUGGCGCGCUGGAAUUGUGUCGCUUUAUUAGGGAUAAGUGUCCCCGGUUGCGGUUGCAGGGAGUUAUGACCAUCGGGGCCAUUGCCAGGUCGAAGGCCACGACGCCGGAGAAUGAGAAUGAGGAUUUUGUGUGUUUGAGGGAGACGAGGGAUCGGGUGGUCAAGGAGCUGGGGUUGCUCGGGGAGGAAGCCGCGUUGGAAUUGAGUAUGGGUAUGAGUGAGGAUUUCGAGGGCGCUAUUGCUCUGGGUAGUGAUGAGGUCCGCGUUGGGACUACUAUCUUUGGGGAUAGGCCGCCUAAGGAUCAGGCUAGGGUGGUUUGA